AUGGCAUGUUCUGAAGUUUGUCACAGCUGCGCUCGCAGUAUGAAUGCUGCUGAAGUUGUCUGUCGCGGUUUCUGCAAGGCAACUUUCCACUUCAGUUGUGCGAACGUAUCAGAAGAGUUGUACAAUGAAGCUUUGGGAAAGCCCGCUUACUUCUGGAUGUGUCCUGGCUGCCGUGAAAUAAUGGGCAAUGCGCGUUUUAAAAAUGCUCUAUCAUCGAUGAAUGCUGCAACCAUCGAAGUCAACGAUACUUACCAGAAGCUGAUCGAGGACAUGAAGAGUGAGAUAAAAGGCAGCCUGAUUGCCGAAAUCAGACAGGAGAUCAAAGGAGGGUUCAACAUGUUAUCUCCAGCGGUGCUAUCUCCUCAUCCUCGCUUCUUAAACUUUAAUAAUCAAAACCCACCGAAAAGAAGGCGUGACGACGAAGCUUCGACAUCCGACCAACCGUCAAAAAUUCUGCGUGGUGCUGGUCCAUCCAUAGCCAACGUUGCAGCUACUCGUGUGGAUAGACCUGUAGACCAAUUUUGGGUAUAUCUUAGCAAAAUAUCACCCGAAGUUUCUGAGACUGACGUAGUGAAACUCGUUAAAGAUUGCCUCCAUACUGAUGAAGUUGCCGUUAAGUCGUUGAUACCGAGAGGCCGGUCUCUGUCGACCCUAUCUUUUAUUUCAUUCAAGGUAGGAGUCAGCCGUGAAUUGGAAACAAAAGCCAUGGAUCCUAUGUCGUGGCCUCAAGGGAUUGAAUUUCGAGAAUUCAUCGAGGAGGAAGGACGAAGGCCACAGAAUUUUUGGAAGCCGAUGCCGAGUGUAGAUUCGGGUCCGGUGCUCAGCUCGUAG